AUGGCGGCUGUGUCAGGGUACCUACACCUUCAAUAUAGUUCAAAGGAUAUUUUCACAAUAAGUUUAUUGCAAGUCGCGUCAGCUUGGACGGCUGUCGCAGUCUCAAACUAUACUUUACCACGCGUCUCGUUGAUUUCUAACACAGCGCGCUCAUUGAGAAUAUUUUGUUUGGUUUUUUCGCUGUUGAGUUUUACUCUUCUGCGUUUUAAAUCCAAGGUGAAAUUUACGGUGAGUUGCUUUGAUUUAGACCUUAUUCUUUCUGUGUUAAACUGAGUUUUCUUUGUAGAAGUAGAAAUUUCUCGGGGAAAAUUCACUUCAGUACUAACGCUAAUUACGUAUUGAACUGCGCUACAGCAACAGAUAGAUGCAUGUGACAUUCCCAGAAGUUACAUGUCGAUCGAAAUCAAUCAUCGGAAAGCUAGUUGAUGAGUCGAUAGUGCUCGAUAUUUGUCAAUAAUUGUCGAUUGAUCAGUUAUGUUUGUCGAUAAAAGUCGAUAAUGACAAUGAUCUCGGGACAGGUAAUCAAUUUCGAUCGACUUCUGAGACGUAGAGAAUAUCUGUUUCAUGUCGAGGAUUUACGCGAACUUUUUACGAAUGCUGCGUAUGGAGAAGGAUUCGAACGCAGACAGAUGCUACUCAUUUACAAACCCACAACGAAUUUUGCAAAAGCUCAAGUAGACUUUCAAAAUAUUCCUUCGACCGAUUUAAUAUGGCGCAAAACGUUUCGUGCAGAUGUUCAUAAUUUGCCAAUGGAUAUUGAAACUGUUGCUUCUGAUCCUUUUUACCUACCAAUAGUUUUCGAAUAAAAAUCGAACUUUAACACCAAUUUCAAUAGAAAUUGAUAAUCACACGAAAUUUUAUGAUCGACUUUGAUCGAUUUCAGAUAUCUGUUGAUUGAUUAGUAUCGACAUUUAUAGACAACGAUCAUUUUCAAUUGACUAUCGAAAGUAUCAACAUGUAACGUCCUGCAUUCCUCAAGACUGAGGUAAAUUACUGAAAAUACUUUGCAGGUUGUUUAACUAAGCUGCCUUAAUUUAAUCACCUCUGUAGUGAUGGUGAAUUUUUCCUGUUAAAAUCCUGGGCCAUGAUAGUUGAUGAUAGUCAAUGAUAGUUUCAACUAUCAUCCCCUGUCAGUUACUAUCAUUCCCUGUGGUCAAACGGUCAUGAUACCGCUGUGUGGCGUACAAUAAUUCAUGAAACAUGUAGUCAAAACCAGAGAUUGUGUGUUUGCUCUUACAAGUUCUAGUCCCUAAGUUCAAGGCACUUGAAAUGUAAGCAAAUGUCAUACUACCAUACCAUUCUUCCAUGCCACUUUCUAGCAGCUUCUUGUGUGCUUUACAACAGAACAGAGCACAGUCAAGGCUUCUUUAGUUGUUUAUUAAUUUUUGUUGAUUUACUGCAUAAUGAGGAAUAUACCUUGAAGAGAGGAAAGAUGAGGAAGAUGCUGCUGCUUUUUCUGUCAUUUUUCAUGCAAAAGUACAUUGAGUAAGAAAAGAAACAGCUGAAUAAAAAACUAUCAUUGACUUUCUCAAGGGUGCCAAAUGAGAAAAAACCAUUGUCAACUAUCAUGUUCAAAGCGUAUGAUUAAGUCAAUGAUAGUUGACGACAGUUGGGUGUCAAACAGUCAUGAUGUCAUCAAAUCUUGAUGCUUCCCCUUGACAACAGAGCCUUGGGGUGAUAUGUACAGUAAUAACCCAAAGAAUUAAAGACCAAACCUGAUAUAACACAAUAUAAUGAAAUAGUCCACAAUCCUUAUAUCUUUUGCCAGGUGUUCCAGCUUCUCAAGCUUGUUUUUGUUGUUUUUGGAUUAGCUGUUGUUUUUCAUGUCAUCGCUAUCCUAUUUGGAGCACCAGUCUAUGAGUAUGUAUUUCAAAUAUAAGUUGAGAUAGCUGUCUGUUCUGUGUCUAUGACUGUUAUUUAGCCAGGAAAGCAUUAAUAAAUUGGGAACUUGGGAUAUAAAUGAGAAUUUUACUAAAGUAAAUUUACAAAAUAAGUAACAUCCUGUCCUUUUUAUUAUAUUACUACAUGUAUGCAAGCCAAGUCUGAUAGGUGAUCAUACCCAGUAUAGAAUGGAAAUGUAUGUGUAAAUCUCAUGAUGAAUGAAGGGGUUAGAGUUGCUCUGAUUACAUGUUAUUCACUCUAACGAGGAUUGAUCGUGCUGGAGAAGCAUCAGCUUCUCAUUCUCCCUAUGGUAGCUAAUCUACAUGUACAUUGUACUUUGUCAACUAAUUUGAUAAAUGAAAUUUUUGUAAAUAUCAUGGUGCCACUUUGAAUUGUAUUGUAAAUCAAAUAUUUCCAUAUAUUUCUUGAUAACAGGCAGAGUGAGGAAACAUUUUGCUGGGCAUUAUUUAUGUCUCAUCUGGUGUCACUCCCAGCCUGCAGCCUGUUAGGAAUUCAGUUAGAACUGGUACCAAGAAUAUUUUUCAGCAUGUGGUGAGUUGACAAGUUUUCAAAAAAUUUGGUGGUAAAAACGUAUGAAAUCCCUAUGUCACUUUUCCCUCACAUAUUUGUCAAGUAAACAAUGAAGCAAUGAUUCGAUAUUAAAUAUGAACAGUUCUUUCCUUCCCUUGAGUGUUGUAAGCUGUUCUAAUUACAACCAUACCUGUGUGAGCGCAAAAGUUGGAAGUAUGAAAAUGAGGGAAUUGAGGCAAGACUAAAAAGAUAAAAAUUAAAUAGGAAUAAAGCUCCUAAAGGCUGUUCAAAUAAUGGUCUAAACAGUUGUAAAUACUGUUGUGGUUCACUGAGAAAUACUCUGUUGUUACAAAACAACAAGCUUCACAUGAAUGUAAUCGUCGGUUGGUUAUACAAUGUAGAAAUGAAUAAUUAUAAAUGAGGUCAAGAACUUGCGCUUUUUUGCAUAUGAUAAAUUCUCUAUUAAGUUCCCCAGGGGCCUUAUUUUCAAGCCCAUUUGAGGGGAGGCUUAAUAGAGAUGGGGAACUUAUUUGAGAGAGGGGGCUUAUUUAAAUUUAGAAAAGACGAUGGUAUCAGUUCUCCAUGAAGAACUAGAAUACAAAGUGGAGAAGCUCGAGAACAAGAAGGGUGGAGAUCAUGCAAGGUUUAACCUUGUAAGGUUAAAAUUUUAGGUGAAAUAAAAAGAAAACUCCAGCAAGAAAUUCUUUCUAUGUUUUGUAGGUCAGAGGCAACUCCAGAAGCUUAUUUCCAAUGUUCAAUUCUAUGCACUCUGAUAGGAGCAUGGCUUGGGGCUUUUCCAAUCCCUUUGGACUGGGACCGACCCUGGCAGGUAAGGCUGGGAGGGGAUGGGGUACAAUGUUGAUACCUUGCAAUACACAAUACAUGCAUUUAAAACAGUAUAAAAAAGAUUGUUUUGAAGGUUUUUCUUGGCAUGCGCUGUGGCCUUCGAGGAGCUGUGUCAUGAAAUGUAUCAAAAUUCAAACAGUGGCAACUGCCACCAUAUGGAGUGAAACAUAAAAAUAACCGUUCAAAACGUCAGGAUAUAAAUAUCACAGCAAAUACAAUAGGAGGCACAGAUAGACAAACUUGAAGAUGAUUGAAUCGGAUUUAAAUAGAUGUAUUUUUAAAUUGUUACAAAAAUGUAGCCUAACGGUUUAUGCUUAAGAGACAUAUUUGUUUGACAGCCAGCUAUGAUUUUGUCAUUCUGCAGUUACUGUAGUUUCCUGAUUUCCAUAGCGAAUAAGGAUGCGUGAUGAGUGAUCGGCUUAGCCGCUCGCUCGCGCGGAUCGCUUUGCUCACCCAAAUAGGAGAGCUCGCUCGCAGGCUAAGUUUUAGGUUUUUUGAAAGAUGGUAUAUUACUUGACAUAUAUCUCCUUUAACUCUUUGUCAUGGGGAAGGAAGUGGGGAGUGUGGUACAGGUAGGAGUAGUAGAACCGUACACACGAGAGCGUGCAUUUAUUUUUGUAGGUCUGGCCUAUUCCCUGUGUGAUAGGAGCAAUUGUGGGUUACAUCAUUGGCCUUGGGGCUGCAGUUGUAAUGUUUGCAAUGAACGAAAAACGAUUUCGUCCUCAGUAACGCAAAGCUCUGAUAACCGGCUCAAGUUCGGCAGUUUAAGAGUGGACUGACUACCGAAGCAAGGUACAGCUGUUGAUGACUGUUACACGAGCGUGGAGAAGACCUGUAAAGUAGGGAUGUUCACAUUUUCUGUAGACUGUUGAUUUAAGAAGGCUUUCUUUAUUAGGGAGGAAAACCCCAUCUUUUAGACACUGAUAAUUUACAAGGUUGCCAAACGAAGUUGUCACUUAUGACUAAAAAAAGACUUAAACAUGUCGUCAUAUUCCAAGAGCCAGAACGGUUGGCGAAUGAUAAGGAAAUACACGAUUAAAACUUGAGCCAUUUUUACAGCUGCCUAUGUCUGCCAAAGGUUCUCUCAACAUUCGUAAGGGGUAUAGAAAAUUAAUGUUCUUGCCCUUGUUUGCUUAUUUGGACAUACCAAACGUGGACGGGCAGGGUUUAACUCGCCUUGAUUUUAAACCAGGUCAAGUUGGACUGGAAUGCUUAGCUGUGCGUGCUCUCCGCAAUGGUCGAUCCGUAUUGACUGCAAGGGCAGAGUUAUUUGAAAAAAAUAAUAAUAUUGGUAAAGCUAUUUACAUGUAACAAACAAGGC